CCUUUGCCCGGGGAUGCUGCGCCGCCGCGGAGCCUUCAGCGUGGAGCCGCUCCGCGGCCGCGAUGGUCCCUGGGAAUCGGCGGAGAGCUGCGUGGUCCACACCUCCGCCAGCGUCUACCGCCGGCUGCAGGAGAGCCCGCGGCAGCCCCCGGGGGGGAUGAACGCCUGGGGAACCCCCCCACCGCCACCCAUCUCCCCUGGCAGCCCGCCGGCGAGCGGGAGGCUCCUCAAGUCAGAGUCGGAGGAUUCCGGAGUGGAGAUGGCCAGCAACGACCACUCGCCCCCCACCCCUUUGGGCUCCGAGAGCAGCUUCUCCCUUGACGGCUUCCCACCGGAGAAGAACCCCCCCGGAGAGGAGCCGGGUACCGAACCCCCCCGGCCAUCCCGCAGCCGCUCAGCCAGCAAAAAGCUGGUGCAGGCAGCGCAGCGUAGCAGGAGGCAGCGGGGACCCGGGCGCUGCCCGCGACAGUUCGGCCGACGCAGCGCCAACGCGGCCGACCUACAGGCAGAGCCGGCGUGGGACCCCCGGGAGCCGGAGGAGCCGAGCGUGGAGGAUCCCGAGGGAUCGGCUGUGCCGGAGAUGGUGCUGCCUGUGCCGGGGCAGGGGUUGCGGUACUUGGAGCACGUGUGCCAGAUGUUGGAGCGCCUGGCCCGGCUGCAGCAGGACAACCGGAUCCUCCGGCAGCAGGCGGCGGAUGCCCGGCGCACCCGCCCUGACACCACGCCCACCCGGGAGCCUCCGGGGCAGGAUCUGGCCGUGUGGAGGGGCGAGCGGUUCCGGCCGCGCUCCUGCUCGGACAGCCAGGCGCCAGCGCCCGACCCCGGGCCGUGCCGGAGGAUGUGGGGGUACUCGGCCAGCUCCCCCAGCCUGCUGGACCCCUCCGAGAGCGGGGUGGGCACCCCGACACCGGACAAGGACGGGCGCUCGCACUGGGGCCGGGUGAAGGUGCUGCUCACCCGCCUGACCCGCCGCUCGCUGCGGGGCGGCCGAUGCAGGUAGAGCCGGGGGGGUCCCCGGUCCCGCCGCCGCCCCUGGACGGAGGAGCUGCGCUGCACUUAUUGCAUCACACCCCACCCUAUGACGUCACGCCCUCCCGGGGCCGGUCCCCGGCCCGGCGCACAUCACCCCCCGCCCCUUCCCCCCCCCCCCCAGAAUAAAGCCUUUUCACUACCAAAGAGGCGGCUCUUUGCGAGGUGAUGUGCAGUCGCGCGGUGACGUCACUCUCCUCGGCCCGGCGUGACGUCACGCGAGGGCGCGUCACGGCCGCAUCACUUCCGAACGGCUUUUCCGCCCCUUUUGUCCUCCCGGUCCCGGUCCCAUGGCCCAGUUCAAGCGGCUGCCAUCCCCCCCCCCCCCCACCCCAUACACCCCGCGGUCUCCCCCGAGCCCCCUCCCCAGGUCAGCUCCGGGGGGGGGGGGGCGUCCCGCUGCCUCGGGGGGGGCUAAAGUGUGUGUCCCCCCCCCCCCAAGCUGAGCCCCCCGCUCCUCGCCGAGCUGCUGCCGCAGGUGGGGAAGAUGCUGGUGAAAGCUGCCUGCAGCCCGGGCCAGGCGUUCUCCAACCAGCAGCGUAUCCCGCAGCCUCUCCCGAGACCCCCGGCACCGCUGCCGCCCGUGCCAUCCCUGGGCAGCAGCAGGGCAUCCUCGGAGCCCGGCCCCUGCGCCUGCUCCAGCCUCCUGCAUCCCACCGCUUCUUCCCGGGAAACUGAACCUCUUCCCAUCACCCCCAUCCGCUCGUUUGAGCCACCUGGGGAGAUGCCCGGGGUGAGGACCAAAGGGCAGGAGCGACUCGGGCAGAUGCCCCUUCUGUGAUGCCAGGGAGAUGCUACGGCAGCACCCGGCUGCCCCGUGGCUUCUAUCACCUCCGCCUGGGCUGGCCGGACGCCUUCCCCCUCACCGGUGGUACCCCAGCCACAUCCUGGUGUCCGAAUCCGAGGAGGAUGCUGAGGUCGCUCCAGAUGAUGCUGAUUUUGCUUUCAGGGCCAAGGGCAGUUUUUAGCAGGAGAUGGAGGCCAUCGAGCAGCAAGGACCACCGAGCUACUGCUGGAGCCCGAAGCCCCCGGGGAACCAGCCCUCGUGGCCCAUCCCCACCUGGCCAGGCAGGACAGGCAGGCUGCCUGCUCCAACAUCUCCCUCUUCACCCUGCUGCAGCGCAGGAGGUGGUGGGAGAAGCUCUCCUCCGAGGUAGUUUCGGCACAGCACGGGUGGGCAGGUCCCCUGUGCCCCUCUCCCUCCCUGAAGCGGCCGUGAUGGUGGCUGAGCUUUUCCAGGAGAUGCUGCAGCAGGAUUUUUGGCUACAAGAACUACAAGGCGCUGCCAGUCUUGCUGGAGAAGGAAGAGCCACCAGAGACCAGGAAUCUGGAGCCAAGAAAGGGCUGCCGACACAGCAGAGGAGGAAGCUGAGCAGAUGUAGGUACAUAGCCGGGGGGAACCCGGUGUCCCUGGUGCAGUCCCACUCAUCCUGGGAAUUCUCAGCACAGCCUGCACCCCGCUCCGCAGCGCUGGUGUUUUGGGGAGCUUGACCUCUCCCAUCCCUAACACACGUCUGUGUUUUAGCAGCCCAAGGCUGUGGACCCAAGCGUUGUCCUGCCCCUGGAUGCUCUCCUAGCCUUUGUGUACUUCAAUUUUGAAUUUCUGUGGCUACCUGUACCAAGGGGAAGAGGAGCUCUUCGGUAGGUGUAGGGAUGAUGGGGGGUAUGGUGGAGCCUGUGCUGCUGGAGAUCGUGUGGUGGGCGAUGAGUCGUUCUUGUCCCAGGAAAACUCCCUCGGCUGCCUCCUGCCCUGGCCCAGGUCUCCCACAAUGUCACGGUGUUCAGCCUCGGGAAGGUGCUGGAGAAAGCAGAGCAGCCGACUCCAUCUGGAGAGCAAAAUCCAUGUGCUGGAGGUCAAGCUGGACUAAUGACUGCUUAGAUGAGGAACCAGCAUCCACCAGAUCUCCACCAGGACCAAGCAAAGUCCCUGCCCAUGUGGAUGUCACGCAGUGGGGUCACGGAUGGUGGCAGGGUCCCUAUGAGCCUUUUCUGUCCCGGCCCUCUCCCUGCAGAGAUGGGCUUGAGCUGGCUCCCACCCCAGGGAUGCAGAGCCAGGGCAGCCGUAGGGAUGCACAGGGUUUGCUCUGACGGGUUGUUUGCAUUUAAUGGAAACCUCUUAAGUAGGAAAUCUUGUGUGUAUCAUCGGAGACGGGGCACGGGCCGUCUCGGUGCUCUGAGCUGGACGCACAAGUCGGGGACAGACUGGCUUGUUUAGGAUGGAGGGACCCAAACACGGGGGCUGGUGCUCGCUGUGCCGCAGGCUGCCCAGCAGCUCAGAGGAAUCUCUGGAUGCGGCCGUGCCCGUAGCUGUUUCUUCGCUGCAGUUAUCCGCUCCGCACCGUAACGGCUGUCCAGCCCCUUGUCCCAUGCAGCAGCAGCGGCGGAGGGCAGCAGCGAAGGCUCCUGCAGCCUCUCCAUAUGCUGAAAGGUUCGAAUUCACUGUAUUUGACUGUAAAAUUGUAUUUCUUGUGCUUUGCUGAAGCCAUUUCCUUCCUGCA